AUGUCAGCAACCACCACCCAAACAGUCAACCAAAAUGGCAACUUCCACAGCGCCAUUCUGCGCGACUACGAGCUUCACCACUCUCAGAGCAGCGAGAAAUCACCAGAGACGCCCUCAUCCACAAGUUCAGUGAACCACCCGGAAUUCGAUCUUCCCCAUCGACGCGUGCCUUCUUACAGGCCGCUCAACCGGGACCCAGAGCAUGUAAACGGCGUUCGCAUGUAUACCAGCACGCCUGAGCUAUUCUUCAUCACAGCCAUGUUUCGCGGACUCUAUGCUAAUGCUAGCGCCGCGCAAUAUUGGAGAGCGUCGGUUGGCAAGUUUACGGACAAGGUUUGGAAGUAUCACAUUGGAGGAGAAUUCUAG